UCUUUCCUUCUCUACAUUUGCAUCUUUCACUACUCUCUCCCUCUCCCUCUCUCUUCCAUAUCUUCAGAGUCCUUCCCAUUUCCUACUUCAAUAUCUAUUUGAACUCAAAUUCCUCCAUUCUUCCCAUAUACAUACUAAAACAACUCUUUCCCUCUCUCUCUACCAUAUCUUCAGAGUCCUUCCCAUUUCCUAUUUCAAAUUCCUCCCUUCUUUCCUUCUCCACAUUUGCAUCUCUCUCUCUCUCUCUCUCUCUCUCUCUCUCUCUCUCUCUCUUCCAUACCUUCAAAGUCCUUCCCAUUUCCUAUAUUUACACCUCUUUGAACUCAAAUUCCUCCCUUCUUUCCAUCACCACCAAAAGCAGAAAACAUGGUUGAUUCGAUCGUUGAUUCACUGGUCUCACUUGCCAUAGAAAAAUUGGCCAAAGUUCUUGAAGAUGAGGUGGUUUUGUUGGUGGGUGUCACCAACGAGAUCAAAAAGCUUUCCAGUACGUUCACCUUGAUCCAAGCUGUACUUAAAGAUGCUGAAACUCGGCGACUGAAGGACGAAGCUGUGAAGAAGUGGUUGGAGAAUCUCAAAGACGUGGCCUACGAUGUGGAUGACAUACUAGAUGAAUGGAUGACGGAAGCUCUCAAAUCACAAGCACCUGAUGAAGGUGGUGUGUCCCGUUUCAGUAAGAAGAAGGUAACAAGGUUCCUGUCGCCUGUUAUUAACUGCUUCAAUUAUGUCGUGUUACGCUGGAAAUUUGCGAGUAGGAUGAAGGAGGUGAGGGGUAGAUUAGAUGAUAUUGAAAAAGAUAAGAACCUAUUGGGUCUUAGAGUAGAUAGUGGGGAGAGGGAGAGGGUGGAUAGUGAAGUGAGGCGGGGAGAGAUCAGAGAGCGAGAGACUGGCUCCCUACCCAAUCAGCUGUCAAUUGUAGGUAGAGAAGGUGAAAAAAAUGAAAUUCUAGAAUUCCUGCUGGGGGAGAGUAGUGGAGAGGUGGAGGUCAUGUAUGCUGUCAUUUCAAUCGUUGGAAUGGGGGGCUUGGGCAAAACCACCCUUGCCCAGCUUGCCUACAAUGAUGAGAAAGUGAAGGGGCAUUUUGAUAUGAGAAUGUGGGUGUGUGUUUCUGAAGAUUUUGACGUGAAACGGAUUACAAAAUCAAGCAUAGAAUCUGCAACUGGGACUGGUUGCGAGUCAUUAGACUUGGCCCCAUUGCAGGAUCGCCUCCGUCAUAAGUUACACUCAAAUCGAUUCUUACUUGUGCUUGAUGAUGUUUGGAGCACUAACAAUGAGAUGUGGGACAAGCUGAUACCUCCCUUCCAAGAAGGUGCACGGGGGAGUCGAAUCAUUGUAACCACUCGCAGUGAAGAUGUUGCAUGGGCGAUGGGAAGGGGUCGCAUACAUAAACUGGCAGGCUUAUCCUUUGACGAUUGCUGGUUAUUGUUCAGCCGUGGAGCGCUUGAGCAUCAGAGUGAGCGUUCAGAGUUGGAAGUGAUUGGAAAGAAAAUUGUAAUGAAAUGUGGAGGGGUGCCUCUUGCAGCGAAGACAAUAGGGAGUGCCAUGGGCUCGAGAAGGACGAGAAGGGAAUGGGAGCUUAUCUUGGAAAGCGAUGUAUGGAAUUCAAAUGAUGUCUUACAAGGCAUUUUACCAGCUUUGUUACUCAGCUACUAUGACUUGCCUCCUGCUUUGAAGCAAUGCUUCGCAUAUUUAUCCGUCUUCCAAAAAGAUUGGUGGAUAGAGAAGGAUAUGAUAGUCAAGUUAUGGGUGGCACAAGGUUUCAUCGGAACCAGAGAUAUGGAGGAAACUGGUGGGCUGUAUUUCGAUGAUUUACUAAGACGCUCGUUGCUCCAAGAUGCAGAACUCGAUGAUGAUGAUGAUCAGAAAGUAGUCAGUUGCAAGAUGCAUGAUUUAGUUCAUGAUCUUGCACAAUCUGUUGCUGGAAGUGAGUGUUCAGUGGUGGAGAUGAGAAAGCAAUCCUCAUUGAACCUAAAUAAUCUCCGCCAUUUGUUUUUAAUUGACAGUGAUGACGCAGGUGACAGAGAUUGGGCCACCUUGUAUAAGGCACAAAAGCUGCGGACGUUGCUACGUGACUCAACAAUCUCCAGGGUGCCAAACAAUUUAUUUCAUCAUUUCAGGCACCUCAGGGCAUUGGACUUGAGUUACACUAGCAUUCAGAAAUUGCCUCCAACAGUAGGAAAAUUGAAGCACUUGAGAUAUCUUGAUUUAUCAUGGACAAAGAUCGAGGAGUUGCCAGAGGAGGUGAGUAAUUGUAGAAAUUUACAGACCUUGAAACUCAAUUGGUGUUUGCUUCAAAAAUUGCCUAGAGGGAUGGGGAAAAUGAUUGGCCUGAGACAUGUAGAAUUAGAAGGCACUGGGAAGUUGAAGUACUUACCGCAGGGCAUAGGGAAACUAAGUAGCCUUCGGACAUUAACAAAGUUCAUAGUGGGGGGUGACGAUGAAGGAUGUAAAUGGGGAGAACUGAAACACCUCAAUCAUCUUCAAGGAAGUCUUUACAUUAAAGGCUUGGAAAAUGUGAGGAGCAGAGACGAAGCUAGAGAGGCAGAACUAAAUAAGAAGCAGUACCUUCAUUCUCUAACCUUCGAAUACGACGAUGAAGCAUCGGGUGAUGAUGAGCAGAAGAGAACAGAGGAGGUGCUUGAAAUCCUGCAGCCCCACACAAACUUGAAAGAGUUGAGAAUAUGGAGAUACGGAGGUUCCAAGUUUCCCAAGUGGACAGAGGAUCCGGUUUUCUCCAAUCUAGUCAAGGUGGAACUCUUUUUUUGUUUUAAGUGUAAACAACUGCCUGGUCUUGGGAAACUACCAUCCCUUAAAUACCUUUAUAUUGAAGGAAUGAAAGAGGUGAGAAAGGUGGGUGGUGAGUUUAGUGGGGAUGAUAAUAAUGAUGGAAGUGGUGGUGGUGUUGUCUCAUUCCCAAAGCUGGAGAGCCUCUCCUUCAUAUUCAUGACAAAUUGGGAAGAGUGGGAAUUGAGAGGUGGAGAUGAUGGAGAGGUUAUGCCAUCACUCCUGGAAUUAGGAAUACAUUACUGCCCAAAGCUACAGGCGUUGCCCAGCAACCUUCCACCGCUCCUCCAGAAGCUGACUUUGUGUGGAAGUGAUGUUGGAAUGUCAUCCGGUGUGCCCUUACCCGUCCUCCCCAACCUUAACCAUUUGGAGAUUUGGAGAAGUGAUGAGAUGACAUCGUUCCCAAGUGGUUGGUUGGGACAACUCAAAGCCCUCCAAACUCUGGAGAUCAAAACUUGUUUUAAUUUAAGGUCUCUACCAGAGGAGUUGCAACACCUCACCAUGCUUCAAAAAUUGGACAUCUGGCACUGUCCAGAGUUGACAUCUCUACCAGAGGAGUUGCAACACCUCACCAUGCUUCAACAAUUAUACAUCCGGGACUGUCCAGUCUUAGAAGAACGCUGCCGAGAAGGAGGAGAAGAUCGCUACAAGAUUGCCCACAUCCCUAAUAUCACAAUUUUUCCUUAGGAUUUAAUUUUAAACAAGAGAGGUUUAUCAAAUGUUUACUGCCUUUUUUUAUUUGUUUGUUGUUUAGGAGGUCAGGUUGUUUGUCCCCCUCCUUAUUUAUGUAAUUUUUCUUUUUUCUUUUUUCUUUUAUUAAUAAAGCUUUUGAUGAUACCGUCCACC